GCUUCCUGUUGUCAGGUCACGUCUUUGGUGCUCUGAGGUUUACACGCCGGUCCGUCCUGCGCCCACUCGUGCUUGCGGGCCCGGCGCUCCGAGGCAUGUUGGCCGGCGUCGCGGGGCUGAGAGGCUCCUGCGCGGGGCUGCAGGCUCUGCGGGGCGGCCACAGGGCCGCGCUUCUUCCCGGCCGCGCGCCGGCCCUGCACACCUCGGUCGCCUCCUGCGGCAGCAAGAACUUGCUCAAGAAAUUUGCUUCGAAAACCAGGAAGAAGUUUUGGUAUGAAGGCCCAUCCCUGGGGUCCUUGACUCCCAAGCCAUCCAAGUAUGAGUUCCUCAUGAAGAACACCUCAAAGAAGACUAGGAAGGAAGACAGUAUACGCCUGAGGGUCCUGAACGGCCUCCUCUAUAAAUCCUUGACGGAACUGCUGUGCACUCCUGAAGUGAGCCAGGAGGUCUAUGACCUGAAUGUGGAGCUCUCCAGGGUCUCUGUGACUUCAGACUUCUCAGCCUGCCGAGUGUACUGGAAGACAGGGGUCUCUGCGGAGCAGAACAAGCACAUGGAGGCCGUGCUGCAGAGGAGCGCUGCCUACAUGAGGCAUCUUCUGAUGUCUCAGCAAACCCUGAGAAAUGUUCCACCCAUAGUGUUUGUUCAAGACAAAAGAGACUUGGUACUGGCUGAGGUAGAUCGGUUACUGGCAGUGGCUGACUUUGGACCCCCAGAUGAAAGGGAUGACUUGGAUGGUUUGAGGAACGCUGAUGCCCAGGUACCACAUGACUCCCCAGAACCAACCGCACACCCAAAUCUGUGUGGGAUUGACCAUGAGGCACUGAAUAAGCAAAUAAUGGAGUACAAACGCAAGAAGGAGCGAGGGCUCCAGUGUCAGAGCCUGGCACCACCAUCAGGGCCAGAGCAGGCGCCUGAUCCGACUCGUUUGUUCCGGAAGAGAAAGAAGGCCCGAUCCGGGCAGCACCAGGACGCCUCCCCCAGAAGCUUCCUUUUGGGCGAGGAGGAUGAGGACGAGGACAGCAGCACAGAGUGGGAAUGCCACGCCCACGAGGCAGAGGAUGAGCAGGAAGAGGAGCUUGGAGCUGACAGAAGAGUGCAGCUGGGCCUCUGUGGCAAGAGAGAGCAGGGGUAGGGUGGGGCCUCUGAGGUGCCCGUCCCGCCUGUGGAUCAGACUGCAGGACAGAGCCUCUGGUGUACCUUCUGUCAUAGUCACUCGCGGAGACAGCCUAGCCUCAGUUUCAGGAGAACUGCACGGAACCCAUCGGACUGCAUCUGCAGACCUCCACAGAAUAGGGUCCCCAAAGCCAGUCCUCAGGUACCUACCUGGUCCCAGAUAAAUAAACUAUUUUGUAUUUACUCUGA